AUGAAUAGCGGAGCAGAAACAACCGGAGGGCCAAAACCCAUCGACAUUACCGUCACCUCCCGCGUGUGUCGGCCCACGCUACCCGCGCGAGCCCCAAAGAAGACCGGCCGCGAGAGAGAAAGGAUCGUCCUUGUGCCAGUAACUUCAAGGCUCUACAUCUACAUCUACGUCCUUGACCGCGUCCUUACGGUUUCACCCGACUCACGGUUUCAGCCUCAAGUCAUACUGGUUCAAGGCGGCGGCAUGGGCGUCUUCUCGCAGGUGUACGCCAUCAUGUGGAAAGACGUGUACGUGCAGGCGAUCAAGCGCCAUUACCUCGUCACCACUUUCGAGGUGGCCAUGAUCUUUCUCGCGUUCCUGGGCGUGGAGCGCGACCGUCCGCUAGUGGCGCCACCGACCUUGUGCGACAAGCCACCCUGCACCAGGCUCAGCGCGCCCCGCGACUACCCCGAACGCAACGAGAGCGACUUCAGGGCACCCCAGCUGUGCCGGUCGUACGCAACGGAGCCCGGUGUGGGCCUUCACACGUACCCGCAGUUCAAGAAGCUGCAUGAAGCUUGGAUCGCGAAACUUAAAACAGGCAAGCAGCCAUCGGCUACAACUCAGCUGUGCAGCAAGCACUUCCACGAGGAAGCUUUCUGCUACGCGUCGGGCCUGAGAUGUUCGCAAAUUAUGCAGGAGGGCUCCCGCGUGGUGUUUUUAUUGAGCCCCGACAUACAAACCCAUGAAGAGCUCGCCACGAACACAGUUUUCUUCUUUUCGCAGAUUCUCUACGCCCCGCGAGAACACAACGAGAAGCUCGUCAAGACCGCGUUUCCCGCAGGCGGCCGCGUCAGAGCGCAGGGCUACGACACCGAGCAGGACCUGCUGCGCGCCUUCUACCACUUCAGCCCGAGGCCCAAGCGUGGGCCCGAGCAACGCGUCGUCGCGCUCGUCUUCGGCGAUACCCGGGGCAAGAGGAAGAACGACCUCGAGUUCACCGUUCGCUUCUUCGACGACGCCGACUACAUCACGCGGCGCCACAAGGUGUUCGCGCUCUUCAGCACGCUGCCCAACCCCGUGACCCAGCGCGAGAGCGUCGCCUACUGCCAGAUCGCGCUCGUGCGUGCCAAGACCGAGCUCAUGCGCCAGGCCGGCGGUGAGACGAACGCCGCUCGGCGUGCGUACAGAAUGACGACGCGCCGCUUCAGCGAGGGCCCGCUACCCGAGGACGCCCUGUCCGCCCUCUGGAUCAUGGCGGUUCGCAUCGGCAUCGGCUACCUGGUCACCUUCUCCACGCUCGUCGGGCGGCUCGCCGAGGAAGCGCAGACCGGAAUGCGCGAGAAGCUGCGACUGGCCGGUCUGCACGACGCCAUAUACUGGCUGGGACACUUCAUGGCUGCCAUGUUCAAGGGUCUCGUCAGCAUCGCCUGCAUCAUGGGCUACAUGACGACGGUAGCGAGGGAGGAGAACGGCCGGAGCGCCACUUUCCUCCAGGACACCAACAAGACAGUGGUGUUCGUGUCGCUGGUGCUGUUCAGUUUCCAGUACGUCACCACGGCCAUGGUGCUGUCGCUGUUCUUCGCCAACAACACGGUGGCCAUCCUGUUCGCCAUGUGCUACUGGAUAACGGCGUACGCCGCGCCCUGGCUGGCGCUGGAAGAUUUCGACGGCCUGUCGGCGCACUACAUCAUGCUGACUCGCUCGACCAAGCUCAUGACUUCGCUGCUGCCGUGCAUGGCGCUGCACUGGUGCUACCGCAUCAUUGGGUGUGCCAACGUAGUCGGCGAACAGUACGGCCUGUCGUCCGUGUCCAAGUACGUGCUCGAGCUAGACAACGUGACCAUGCUGGAGAUCUGGACGGUGAUGGUCGCCUACAGCACGCUCAUGUGCGUCGCCAUCUGGUACCUGGGCAAUGUGCUGUCCUGGGCCCGCGGGGUGCCGCUGGCUCCCUGGUUCCCGGUAUCCCCGUCGUACUGGCUUCCCAGCCGCCAGGGCGCAUUCGAGAAACUGCCUCCGGAAGCACCGGACGACGUCCACUUCGAGCAGUAUCCGCCCGACAAGGAAGAGGCCAUCUUCGUAAACAGACUAGAGUACGAGAAAGAGCACACGCACGUCCUGCGCAACACCAGCUUCAAGGCGUAUCCCAACGAGCUGCUCGUGGUGAUCGGGCCGAGCGGGUCGGGCAAGUCGUCACUGGUGAGGAUUGUUACCGGCAUGGAGAAGCCCAGCGAUGGUCAAGUCAUAGUCGAGGGCUUCGACGUUACCAGCCAGACCGCAAGCGCCCGCGCCAGCAUGGGCGUCGUGCUGCAGAGAACCGUGCUAUUCGGCGACCUGACGGCCUACGAGCACCUGCUCUUUUUCGGAAGUCUCGGAGGCCUGCUCGGUGGGGAGUUGGUGCAGCGCGCCGUAGAAGUGACAGAUAUGAUGUUACUGACCGAGCUCUCCUGCGUGCUCACAUCCAACAUGACCAGAUCGGCCAAGAGGCGACUAGAUCUUGCCAUUGCGAUCCUCUUGAACCCCACGGUGCUCAUACUUGACGAGCCCGUGUUCGGCAUGGACAUCGAGUCCCGCUACAAAGUAUGGGACGUGUUGAACAACGUCAAGCAGAAGACGUGCGUUGUGAUGACGACGUCGGACAUCGACGACGUAGACACGCUGGGCGACCGAGUCGCCAUCCUGGGUCAUGGCGGACUGAAGUGCUUCGGCACGCCUGCAUUCCUGCGACACCGUUACGGCUGCGGCUACAACUUGCACGUCACGAAGGCGCCCAACUUCCAGACCAGUCGUCUCGUCCUCGCCCUCAGGGAGGCCUCCAAGGAUGCGCGCCUGCUGCAGGACCACAAGCGUUUCGCGAUCCUAAGCCUGGGCGAACAGCAAGACUACGCCCCCGUGUCGGACGCGCUGUUGAUCGUCGAGCGCAGACAAGUCGAGUACGCCAUCCAGUCGUACAGGGUGUGCGUCAUCACCAUAGCGGACGUCUUCCUGCGCGUCAUCAUGGAGUUGGACACCGGCAGCCUGGACAGCAAGCGGCGUGCCGCUGCGCUCAACAGGAGCAGACUGGGCGCCGACAAGCAGCACCAGCACAUGGGCAUGACGACCGGCGCCAGUGGCGCGCAAAUGACCGAGCACACCGAGCGAAACAUGGUGAUGGCCACCGCUAACGUCGGAGGCGUCACGCACCAGGAACAUGACAAGUACGAGUCGUCGUUGCAGAUCGAACGGCACGUGCACGCGCUGCGCGACAUGGUGGCCGGCAAGCCCCGGAUGGGCCAGAUCUUCCUCGCCAUGCUGUUCAAGCGGCGCCAGUACACGCGUCAGACGCUGUCGACGCCGCUGGCCUGCUGGCUCCUGCCUUCGUUCCUCAUGUUCAUCGUAUGCCGCUACGAAGCCGGCGCUCAGGAAGGACUGACACUGCGCUUCGGGGCCGACCGGCUCGUCUACGACCUCGGAAGGCUGCAGCCGCACACGGACGUCUUGCUGGCACGCGACAGUGCAUCCUCCGAGACGGCCAAGUACGACUAUGUUAUGAGUGCGCUCAGCCCUACCACCAUAGCUUUGAUCCGCGACGUUUUGCUCACUCCCCCACCUGACAACCCCUACGACAUCCUCAAACGAGGGUCACUACGACGCACGACAGACUCCGAGUCACGACGCAUUCGACAGCUUCUAUCAUCGGAGGAACUUAGCGACCGAAAGCCGACCGAGCUGCUUCGUCGCAUGACCCUGCUACUCGGAGGCAAUUCAUCUUCAACAGACUCAAAAAAUCGUCCGCGAACUCUUCAUGAAUUCAGCGUCUACCGAAUCGGACUAGAGUACGAGAAAGAGCACACGCACGUCCUGCGCAACACCAGCUUCAAGGCGUAUCCCAACGAGCUGCUCGUGGUGAUCGGGCCGAGCGGGUCGGGCAAGUCGUCACUGGUGAGGAUUGUUACCGGCAUGGAGAAGCCCAGCGAUGGUCAAGUCAUAGUCGAGGGCUUCGACGUUACCAGCCAGACCGCAAGCGCCCGCGCCAGCAUGGGCGUCGUGCUGCAGAGAACCGUGCUAUUCGGCGACCUGACGGCCUACGAACACCUGCUCUUUUUCGGAAGUCUCGGAGGCUUGCUCGGUGGGGAGUUGGUGCAGCGCGCCGUAGAAGUGACAGAUAUGAUGUUACUGACCGAGCUCUCCUGCGUGCUCACAUCCAACAUGACCAGAUCGGCCAAGAGGCGACUAGAUCUUGCCAUUGCGAUCCUCUUGAACCCCACGGUGCUCAUACUUGACGAGCCCGUGUUCGGCAUGGACAUCGAGUCCCGCUACAAAGUAUGGGACGUGUUGAACAACGUCAAGCAGAAGACGUGCGUUGUGAUGACGACGUCGGACAUCGACGACGUAGACACGCUGGGCGACCGAGUCGCCAUCCUGGGUCAUGGCGGACUGAAGUGCUUCGGCACGCCUGCAUUUCUGCGACACCGUUACGGCUGCGGCUACAACUUGCACGUCACGAAGGCGCCCAACUUCCAGACCAGUCGUCUCGUCCUCGCCCUCAGGGAGGCCUCCAAGGAUGCGCGCCUGCUGCAGGACCACAAGCGUUUCGCGAUCCUAAGCCUGGGCGAACAGCAAGACUACGCCCCCGUGUCGGACGCGCUGUUGAUCGUCGAGCGCAGACAAGUCGAGUACGCCAUCCAGUCGUACAGGGUGUGCGUCAUCACCAUAGCGGACGUCUUCCUGCGCGUCAUCAUGGAGUUGGACACCGGCAGCCUGGACAGCAAGCGGCGCGCCGCUGCGCUCAACAGGAGCAGACUGGGCGCCGACAAGCAGCACCAGCACAUGGGCAUGACGACCGGCGCCAGUGGCGCGCAAAUGACCGAGCACACCGAGCGAAACAUGGUGAUGGCCACCGCUAACGUCGGAGGCGUCACGCACCAGGAACAUGACAAGUACGAGUCGUCGUUGCAGAUCGAACGGCACGUGCACGCGCUGCACGACAUGGUGGCCGGCAAGCCCCGGAUGGGCCAGAUCUUCCUCGCCAUGCUGUUCAAGCGGCGCCAGUACACGCGUCAGACGCUGUCGACGCCGCUGGCCUGCUGGCUCCUGCCUUCGUUCCUCAUGUUCAUCGUAUGCCGCUACGAAGCCGGCGCUCAGGAAGGACUGACACUGCGCUUCGGGGCCGACCGGCUCGUCUACGACCUCGGAAGGCUGCAGCCGCACACGGACGUCUUGCUGGCACGCGACAGUGCAUCCUCCGAGGUGGCCGACUCUAUCUACCGGCCCUACGCCCACUCCAAGUCACUCACUGUGCGCACCGUGCCCAGCAUGGACAAGUACAUGGCGCAGCUCAAGCUAGACAAGUCGGCCCCCAUGGACACACUCGCGGGAGCGCAGUUCGUGGCCGAAGACGGAGGCGGCGCCAAUGCUGCCAGCGGGCGGGUGGUCGCCUGGUACCACGGCGACGCCUAUCACACGCAGUCGGCGUCGGCAGACCUCGUAGGCUCGGCGCUGCUGCGCUGGGCGUCCCACGACCCCAAGGCAUCGAUGCUGUCCAUGCUGCAGCCAAUGCGGCGUCGCAACUACAGCAUCUACUCGCGAACGCUGCGUCGCUAUGACGUGGCCAAGGAGCUUCACGCGGUGCUGUCCCAGCGCCUGAUGCGGUUCGUGCUGCUGCCGGCGGCCAUGUCGGUGACGGCGGCCAGCUUCGUGCUGUUCGCCAUCGAGGACCGCGUGAGCAAGUCCAAGGACAUGCAGCUCGUGUCGGGCGUGCCCCCUCUGGUGUACUGGAUGGGCAACUACGUCUGGGACAUGCUCAUGUCCCUCAUCUCGCUCGUCUGCAUGUUCUUCCCUAUCACGCUGUGCUUCCCGCAAUUCAUCAGCAUAGCGCCAGCCGUGAUAAGCAUCUUCAUGGCCUACGUGCACAGCGUCUUGGCGUUCGUCUACUGGUUCUCCUUCUUCAUGGACUCCACGCUGGCUGGCUUCAUCCUCGUCAACAUCGUCACGUCUCUCACUGGCACGGUGGCCGGCCUGACCUACCAGCUGUCUCUGAUCGGGAAUGAGCAAGGCUCGGAGCUGCUGAUGCUGGACCCUCCGCGAGACCUGCUCCUCUGGCAGCUGUACCUACUGCCGCCUUUCUCCUACACCUGGGCGCUCAUCAAGACCAUGGAGAAGGUGUCCGAGGAGCGCUACUGCACCGGCGACACGAUCGACGUGCGCGACGUGUGCGCCUACGUGCACAACAGCCUGGAAGAAGGCGCCGUGCUGCUUCCGAACCUGCGCUACUGCUGCGCCAACUUCUACGCCUCCAACAUGACCAGCGUCCGCUUGCUGCCGUCCUUCUCUUUUCACAGAGAUGGCAUCUUGACUGAAUUGCUGGUGAUGGUGGCCGAAGGAUGUGUUCUUCUCCUGCUCUUGGCGCUGUACGAGAAGGGCUUCUUCCGCUCCUGGAAUCCCGGCCGCGUAGAUGAAGCCACGGCAGCUUCCAGCACGAUGAUCGCCUCCAAGGACGUGCCGGCAGACGUGGCCAGCGAAGCCAGGCAUGUGCAGAAGGUCAUCGCGGCGCACGACCUGAACAAGCCGGCACUGCUGGUGCUUGACCUGAACAAGCGGCUACAGUCGAUUUCGGUGCUACGUGGUCCUCACCUUCAGCGUGGAGCCCGGCGAGGCUUUGGCGGUGGUAGGCCUUCGCGGCUGCGGAAAGUCCACGUUGCUCAACGUGCUCUCGGGCAGCACGCAGCCCACCUCUGGCACGGCCCUAAUUGGGGACGUGCCACUGCAGAACCUGGCCGAGUGGGAGCAGCGCAUCGGUGUCUGUCCCUCGCACGACAGCGUGCUAGGCCGCCUCACGGUGCGCCAGACGCUGCAGCUAUAUGCCAACAUCAGGGGCAUCCGGCCGGAAGACAUCGACCGCCUCCUGGAGCACCUUGUCCUCCUGCUGAACCUCACGCAAUUCGUCGACGAGACGGCCGAGUCUUGCGGCGCCGUGACGCGCCGCAAGUUGGCCGUGGCCAUCGCCAUCAUCGGGCUGCCUCCCGUGGUGCUGAUGGACGACCCGGCCACUGGGCUGGACCUGAUGUCCAAGCGCAAGAUCUACCGAACAGUCGCCCAGCUCCGGCGCCUGUUCAAGUCGGCCGUCCUGAUCGUGACGCACAGCGUCAGCGACUGCGUCGUCAUGUCUGACCGCAUGGCGGUCAUGCGGGAAGGCCGCUUCCAGUGCCUGGGCACCGUGAACGAACUGCGCGAGCGCCUCUCCACCGGCACCGUGC